AGGCAGUGGGACUCCGGCGGUCAGAGAGAGGAGACAGGGAAAUAAGAAAGUGGGACUCCGGCGGUCAGAGAGAGGAGACAGAAAAAGAAGACAGUGGGACUCCGGCGGUCAGAGAGAGGAGACAGGAAAAGAAGACAGUGGGACUCCGGCGGUCAGAGAGAGGAGACAGGAAAAGAAGACAGUGGGACUCCGGCGGUCAGAGAGAGGAGACAGGAAAAGAAGACAGUGGGACUCCGGCGGUCAGAGAGAGGAGACAGGAAAAGAGAGAGAACUUCGUGCGUUCUACUACACACAGUCACACGAUAAGGACGAGUGCGUAGACAGUUAUUAUAGACAUUUUUGGGUGUCUUCUUUUUAAAUCAACGUUUGCACGUGAGAUUACGGUUGUAGUGGGUGUAAAGGAACUAGAAAAGCAUCGGAGGAAUGUAUCCAGCUCGAGCAACAGUGACCCACCGUCCCCCGAGAUGUCAGCUCCACAUUAUCCGAACCAUCGUGCUACUCCUGGCUGUCCUAGAGAUGACUGCGACACGGUCUGAAUUCCCCCACGACCCCAGUGUUGUGGCCCCCUCCACUUGGAACAGCUCAGCUCUCUUCUUGCGUCUGGAGGCUCCUAUGAACAACAUCACCACGUCUCUGGGCCAGACAGCAGAGCUGCUGUGUCGUGUGUCCGGUCACCCCACUCCCACGGUGCGCUGGCUGAAGAACGACGCCCCCGUGGUCCAGGAGCCUCGCCGGAUCUCCUACCGACCAACGCCCUACGGCUCCCGCCUCCGCAUCCGUAACCUGGACACUACAGACACAGGCUACUUCCAGUGUGUGGCCACUAACAGCUACGGCAUCGUCUCCACCACAGGAGUACUCUUCGUCAAGUUUGAUCCACUCCCUACACCAAUGCCAGGGAGGCCCUAUCCUGAUGAUUUUGAUGAGGACGGGUUCUGCCAACCGUACAGGGGAGUGGCCUGUUCUCGCUUCAUAGGAAACCGCAGCAUCUUCGUUGACUCUCUGCAGAUGCAGGGUGAGAUUGAGACCCAGAUCACAGCCGCCUUCACCAUGAUCGGAACGUCCAACCACCUGUCAGACCGCUGCUCCCUGUUCGCCAUCCCGUCUCUGUGCCACUUUGCCUUCCCUACAUGUGACCGCAGCUCUGGGACAGAUAAGCCCAGGGACCUGUGUAAGGACGAGUGUGAGAUCCUAGAGAAUGACCUGUGUAAGACCGAGUACAUCAUCGCCCGUUCCAACCCCAUCAUCCUGAAGAGACUGAAACUACCUAACUGUGAGGACCUGGCGGGACACACCAGCCCAGAGGCUGCCAACUGCAUGAGGAUAGGGAUCCCCAUGGUCGAGCCCUUCAACAAGAACCACAGGUGUUUCAACAGCAGUGGUUCAGACUUCCGCGGGACGGUCAGUAAGACCAAGUCAGGUCGUCAGUGCCAGCCCUGGAACUCCCAGUACCCUCACAGUCACACCUAUCUGGCGGUACAAUACCCCGAGCUCAGCGGAGGACACUCCUACUGCCGUAACCCCGGCAACAAGCAGGAGGGACCAUGGUGUUUCACGCUGGACGAGGGGGUCCGCUUGGAACUAUGUGACAUCCCUGUUUGUGAUUAUAAGGAGAAGCGUGGGGGCAGUAACAUGGAGAUUCUGUACAUCCUGGUCCCGAGCAUAGCCAUCCCUCUGUCCAUCGCCCUCCUUUUCUUCUUCAUCUGUUUGUGUCGUAACAACCAGAAGGCUUCUCGCCCCCCAGCCCCCAGACAGCCCAAACCUGUCAGGGGACAGAACGUUGAGAUGUCCAUGCUCACCAACUACAAACCCAAGAGUAAGGCCAAGGAGCUCCCCCUAUCAGCAGUGCGUUUCAUGGAGGAGCUAGGUGAAUGUACAUUUGGUAAGAUCUACAAGGGCCACCUGUACAUGCCUGGUAUGGAGCAUGCCCAGCUGGUGGCCAUCAAGACCCUGAAGGACUACUCCAGCCCUGGCCAGUGGGGGGACUUCCAACAGGAGGCAUCAGUCAUGGCUGAGCUGCACCAUCACAAUGUGGUGUGUAUUUUGGGGGUAGUGACCCAGGAACAGCCUGUCUGCAUGCUGUUUGAGUUCCUGAACCAGGGGGACCUCCAUGAGUUCCUCAUCAUGCGUUCUCCUCACUCUGACGUGGGCUGUAGUAGUGAUGAGGACGGGACCAUCAAGUCCGUCCUGGACCACGGAGACUUCCUGCACCUGGCCAUCCAGGUGGCUGCUGGUAUGGAAUACCUGGCCAGUCACUGCUUCGUCCAUAAGGACCUGGCAGCCCGUAACAUCCUAGUGGGGGAACGGCUCCACGUCAAGAUAUCUGACCUGGGUCUGUCCCGAGAGAUCUAUGCCUCCGACUACUACAGGGUCCAGCCCAAGGCUUUACUCCCGAUCCGAUGGAUGCCUCCUGAGUCCAUGGCCUAUGGGAAGUUCACAUCGGAGUCAGAUAUCUGGGCGUUUGGCGUGGUGCUGUGGGAGAUCUUCAGCUACGGCCUGCAGCCCUACUACGGCUUCAGCAACCAGGAGGUCAUGGAGAUGGUGAGGAAACGCCAGCUGCUGCCCUGCCCAGAGGACUGCCCCCCCAGGGUCUUCAGCCUGAUGACAGAGUGCUGGCAGGAGGGCCCAGCGAGGCGUCCGCGGUUUAAGGAUAUCCACUGUCGUCUCCGGGCCUGGGAGGGGCUGUCAUCCCACGCCAGUUCUAGUACCCCAUCAGGAGGUGGGGGCAACGCCACCACCCAGACCACCUCGUUGAGUGCUAGUCCUGUCAGUAACCUCAGCAACCCACGCUACGCCGCUGCAGGCUACCUCUACCCAGCCCAGGGGAUACCCGCGCCAGGUCAUCCGGGCCACCAAUUGGCAGGCUGGACCCCAAUGACCCAUGGAGCACCCAUGGCCCAGAACCAGCACCAACACCAAUGCUUCAUCCCUGUCAACGGCUACCCCAUCCCCCCAGGCUAUGCUGCCUUUCCUGCAGCCCACUUCCAGGCCCAGGGCCCCCCAAGGGGGGUGCAACACCUCCCCCCGCCCAAGAGCAGAUCUCCCAGCAGUGCUAGCGGCUCCACCAGCACCGGUCAUGUGGCCAGCUUGCCGUCCACGGGGUCUAAUCACGAUGCGAACACGCCACUGCUGUCACACUGCGUGGCGAUAUCUGCCCUGCCAGGGGGCGGGACCAUGCAGGUGUACGGACACAUGUCCCAGAAGGCUUUGCAACAGAUGGACCCCUCGCAGACGUCCGCGCUGCUGGCCGACGCCAACAGACUCAUGUACAGCGAUUCAAUCAUCACCGCUGACGUGUAAAACACUACAGACCUGGACUUUAUAAUAUCUCAUCUGGCCGAUGCCAACAGACUCAUGUACAGCGAUUCAAUCAUCACCGCUGAGUGUAAAACACUACAGACCUGGACUUUAUAAUAUCUCAUCUGGCCGAUGCCAACAGACUCAUGUACAGCGAUUCAAUCAUCACCGCUGAGUGUAAAACACUACAGACCUGGACUUUAUAAUAUCUCAUCUGGCCGACGCCAACAGACUCAUGUACAGCGAUUCAAUCAUCACCGCUGAGUGUAAAACACUACAGACCUGGACUUUAUAAUAUCUCAUCUGGCCGACGCCAACAGACUCAUGUACAGCGAUUCAAUCAUCACCGCUGAGUGUAAAACACUACAGACCUGGACUUUAUAAUAUCUCAUCUGGCUGAUUUCAUGCUUUGUCUCCUUUUACCUGUUUUCUUUGUUUUUCUAAUAAAAUUAUUAUAAUUAUUGUUUCAACUUUUUACUCUACUUGUAAAUACAUGUACGUAAAUCCCGAAUGAAUGAAAUGCAAAGAUUUAUAUUCAAUGAACUUGUUUUAAUAAGAGAGCUAGAAGUCGUGGCCUGCCUCCUAUUCUGAAACUCAACCUGCCUGAAUAGACUCUUAAUGAAUCUACUCUCCCUGCCUGGAUAGACUCUUAAUGAAUCUACUCUACCUGCCUGGAUAGACUCUUAAUGAAUCUACUCUACCUGCCUGGAUAGACUCUUAAUGAAUCUACUCUACCUGCCUGGAUAGACUCUUAAUGAAUCUACUCUACCUGCCUGGAUAGACUCUUAAUGAAUCUACUCUACCUGCCUGGACAGACUCUAAAUGAAUCUACUCUGCCUGCCUGGAUAGACUCUUAAUGAAUCUACUCUACCUGCCUGGAUAGACUCUUAAUGAAUCUACUCUACCUGCCUGGACUGACUCUUAAUGAAUCUACUCUACCUGCCUGGACAGACUCUUAAUGAAUCUACUCUGCCUGCCUGGAUAGACUCUUAAUGAAUCUACUCUACCUGCCUGGAUAGACUCUUAAUGAAUCUACUCUACCUGCCUGGACAGACUCUUAAUGAAUCUACUCUGCCUGCCUGGAUAGACUCUUAAUGAAUCUACUCUACCUGCCUGGAUAGACUCUUAAUGAAUCUACUCUACCUGCCUGGAUAGACUCUUAAUGAAUCUACUCUACCUGCCUGGACAGACUCUUAAUGAAUCUACUCUACCUGCCUGGACAGACUCUUAAUGAAUCUACUCUACCUGCCUGGACAGACUCUUAAUGAAUCUACUCUACCUGCCUGGACAGACUCUUAGUAAACUCUGAAUCAGACACUUCUUGAUUUUCUGGAGCACUUUAGGGCUGUUCUGCAGUAGGGUGUGGUGUUGUUGGACUGGAGGGGCCAUGUUCUGCACAGAGCUAUGCAAUAACAUAGCACUCAUACCCUCUGCAUCACUCUCCACAGUUAUGUGCCUCCACAGUUAUGUGCCUCCACGGUCUCCACAGUUAUGUGUGUCCACGGUCUCCACAGUUAUGUGUGUCCACUAGACUCUCUUCUCAAUACAGGGUUCUCUUCAUAUUUCACUGAUGUAGAGGUACUAGGACUGAAUCAGACGAUUGUUUAACCAGCCAUACUUCUCUCUCCAAUCUGUGAACAUGUCUCUUUUCCCCUCUAUCACCCUCUUACAAUAGAUCAGUUAUGCAAUAUGGCUCUUACAUUGGCUCUGCAGUCUUUGAUCUAAUCUAUCCAUUUAUUGUUGUUUUUAUGAUAUGAAGAAAUAGUACUGAUACAUGUAUGUUCAUCAUAACUUCUUUCUCAAAGCAAAUCAAUAUAACAAUAAUGUCUGACAGUAGGGUGAAGGAAUGAUCAAAUAUAGGUAUGAAUCUGAAAUCCAACCACAUUUUACCAGACAGCUCACAAAAUCAGCUACAAUACAGUAUAUUUCACCUCACUUUAAAGUGUUUGUUGCUAUGCAACUACUUGGUACAAAUACUCAUUGUUUGCCUGUACAGAAAGAGAACAAACACUUGCCUUCCAUACUUACUUUAGUAUAAUACACAUAUCUUCCAUACUUACUUUAGUAUAAUACACAUCUCUUCCAUGCUUACUUUGGUACAAUACACAUCUCUUCCAUACUUACUUUAGUAUAAUACACAUCUCUUCCAUGCUUACUCUGGUACAAUACACAUCUCUUCCAUACUUACUCUGGUACAAUACACAUCUCUUCCAUACUUACUCUGGUACAAUACACAUCUCUUCCAUGCUUACUCUGGUAUAAUACACAUCUCUUCCA